GCUUAGUAUGAACUACAAUCCCCAGAACUCUUGAAACAAUCUUGCACGUGAAGUAUCGCGUUCAGUCCGUGCACGAGGAAAGGGCGCUCUCGUUUAAUUUUACUCUUUGCAAGAUUGUUGUUUUUGUUGUGGGGGCAAGGCUGUUUUUAUAACUGCUAUGUCUUCUUUACUUUUCCUCAGUAGAACUGGUCUGUCUGCAGGUAGACUGCUAAUACGUAACGGUGGCGGCAGGUAUACUGUUGUGAGUCCAGAGCUUUACUCGCUGUGUCACAAGAGUUCGAGCAAGUUUAGCGUACGCUGCUUGACCGGCGCUACAGGCGAGCAUACCAGGGGCAGCUCGUAUGGCAGGCGGGCACUGUUUGCAGCCGGCGCCGCUGUUAUCGCUGGAGUCGUCGCAAGCUUUAGUCAAUUUCAGAAGGCUGAAAUGAAAUCGGCAACUCCUCAGUCGAGGUCAAACGAAGUAGAAAAUGACGUCUUGGAAAAAUGCAGGACUUUUAUGUCAGCCCCCGUGACGGACGUAGGAACCUUACAGAAGAAUAAAGAAGACAUAAAAUCGAAAAUGGAGCUGCUAAUAAUGGAGACGCAGGCAGAGGUUUGCAGGGCCCUGGCAGAAGUGGACGGAAGCGCGUUUAAAGUUGAUCGAUGGCACAGGAAAGAAGGAGGAGGAGGCAUCAGCUGUGUCUUACAAGAUGGUAAUGUGUUUGAGAAAGCUGGGGUAAACGUAUCAGUGGUGUCUGGCUAUCUUUCUGAAGAAGCUGCCCAGCAGAUGAGAAGCAGAGGCAAACCCCUAAAAGGAAAGGAUGGAAAACUACCUUUUUGUGCCAUGGGAGUGAGCUCUGUUAUCCAUCCUAAAAAUCCACAUAUUCCUACAAUACACUUCAAUUACAGAUACUUUGAAAUUGAAGAAGAAGAUGGUACAAAACUGUGGUGGUUUGGAGGAGGCACAGACUUGACUCCAACAUACCUUGAUAAGGCAGAUGCUGCACAUUUUCACAAAACCUUGAAAGAUGCCUGUGACCAGCACAACCCUAAGCUAUAUCCUGAUUUCAAAAAAUGGUGUGACAAGUACUUCUUUAUUAAACACCGUGGAGAAAGGAGAGGAAUUGGAGGCAUCUUUUUUGACGAUCUGGAGUCGCCUUCUAAGGCAGAAGUGUUUGAGUUUGUGAAGAGUUGUGCCAAAGCGGUUGUGCCUUGUUAUAUUCCUAUUGUGAAAAAACAUGUCAAUGAUUCUUUUACUUCUGAAGAGAAACAUUGGCAACAGCUUCGACGGGGCAGGUAUGUUGAAUUUAAUCUUAUAUAUGACCGAGGAACAAAAUUUGGUCUCGCUACUCCUGGAUCUAGGAUUGAAAGUAUUUUAAUGUCCCUGCCACUUACUGCCAGAUGGGAAUAUAUGCAUGAACCUCACAAAGGCACAAAGGAAGCUGAAAUCCUGGAUAUCCUACGAAACCCCAAAGAUUGGGUCUAAUCAAGAGGAGAAUGUACUCAUCUUUUUCUGAGCCACUACCCCUUAUGAAGAAAACUUGCACUGGGUGUCUAUGCAAAAGUUUGGGUUUUUAUUGCUUUACACAAAAUGAAUUAUUCUAACUUUUUUGGAAACAA